UGGCCUGGUCCGCACACUGUCCAGGGCCUCUGAGCGUUGCCAUAGAGACCGGGGAGCGCUAGGCCUGUGAACUCUUUGGGGACCAGAGCGCCAUGUCUUUCCGCGACCUCCGCAAUUUCACUGAGAUGAUGAGAGCCUUGGGGUACCCACGCCAUAUUUCUAUGGAGAAUUUCCGCACACCCAACUUUGGGCUUGUCUCUGAAGUGCUUCUGUGGCUUGUGAAAAGGUAUGAGCCGCAGACUGACAUCCCUUCUGACAUUGAGACUGAACAAGACAGAGUUUUCUUCAUUAAGGCAAUUGCCCAGUUCAUGGCCACAAAGGCACAUAUAAAGCUCAAUACCAAGAAGCUCUAUCAAGCUGACGGCUAUGCGGUGAAAGAGCUGCUGAAGAUCACGUCUGUUCUCUAUAAUGCGAUGAAGACCAAAGGGAUGGAGGGCUCCAACGUAGGUGAGGAAGACAUCAGCAAGUUCAAGUUUGAUCUUGGCUCCAAGAUUGCAGACUUGAAAGCAGCCAGACAGCUUGCUUCUGAAAUCACUGCCAAAGGUGCUUCUCUGUAUGACCUGCUGGGCAAAGAGGUUGAGCUGAGGGAACUGAGGACAGAAGCCAUUGCUAGACCUCUAGAGAUCAAUGAAACUGAAAAGGUGAUGAGGAUUGCAAUCAAAGACCUUUUGGCCCAGGUUCAGAAGACUAAAGACCUGCUUAAUAAUGUGGCCUCUGAUGAAGCGAACUUAGAAGCCAAAAUUGAAAAGAGAAAAUUAGAACUGGAAAGAAAUCGGAAGCGACUGCAGACCCUGCAGAGUGUCAGGCCGGCCUUUAUGGAUGAGUAUGAGAAGGUUGAGGAAGACCUGCAGAAGCAGUAUGACGUCUACCUAGAGAAGUUCCGGAACCUGGCUUACCUGGAGCAGCAGCUUGAGGAUCACCACAGGAUGGAGCAGGAGAGGUUUGAAGAAGCUGAAAAUACUCUCCGUCUGAUGCAGAAUAAGCUAAAGGAAGAAGAGAAGCGACUGCUCAAGAGUGGAAGCAAUGAUGACUCAGAUAUAGACAUCCAAGAGGAUGAUGAAUCGGACAGCGAGCUGGAGGACAGACGGAUGUCUAAGCCUCGGACAGCGAUGGAGGUGCUCAUGCAAGGAAGGCCCAGCAAACGCAUCGUGGGCACAAUGCAAGGUGGAGACUCAGAUGAAGACAUGCAAGCAGCAGCAGCCCUCUUAGGUAAAUGCAGGACUCCCAGCUCCAGGAAGCAGGAAGACUCGGAGGACAGUGAAAUUGACAUGGAAGAUGAUGAGGAAGAUGAUGAUGAUUUGGAAGAUGAAAGCAUUGCUCUCUCACCAGCUAAGCCCAGUAGAAGGGUCCGAAAACCCGAGCCCUUGGAUGAAAGUGACAAUGACUUCUGACCUUCUUGCCAAGAGACCCAGGUAGAUUAAGAGCCUCAGAUGUGUAGGUACACAGGGACUCGGCAGGAAGGAAAGGUAACAUGUGUUUUGUUCACUACACCAUCUGGGCUUAACCAUUACUGAAACCCCAACAAAGAUUUUCUUUUGUCUGUCUCCUAACACUUGGGAUCCCCAUACCUGUGUUCUUAGUAAUUCAAAUCUACAAGAAAAUCCUUUGAGGAGAAAUACAGACUGAUACCA